AUGACGACCCUGACUUCGACCCUACGAGGCCACAGCGGAUCCUCCAUCGAACCGGCGACACCGGUCAAGCCGAUAUUGAGAAAACCUGUCUCAGUUCUAGGCACUCGAACUAGAGAAGAUACAGAAGAUGAACUUGAGGCGCCAUCAGCCAAGCGACGGAAGAUGGUCAUGUUCGACGAGAGCCUUAAUAUAGUCCGCGACAUCGGGAGCAAGUCCUUGGAUGACGUGAAGAGAGAGGUCAGGCAAGCUCUUGAGCGGCACGCGAGGGGCGAUGAUGAGGAUUAUGACACCCUGAAGGAGGUUUUCAGCAGCGACCAGAACCCGGACUCUUCUCUAGCCGCAGGGGAAGACGAGGAAGAUGAGGAAGCGCCGAGGCCUGGUGAGUUGCUGGCGUACAUCGUUGCUCUCACGAGCCAUGUACCCAUGCUUGGGAGGUCUUGCUCCGGCCUGGUUAGAAGCAUCCUCAAGUGCCAAUGGCUAGCGAGGGACGAAGUUUUUGCGAGGGCCUACAUCCAGUUCCUGGCCGCUUUGUCUAGUGCACAAGGCGCCUACCUGGUGCAAGUGCUCUCCAUGAUGGUGGAUAUGUUUUCCGAGGCACGAUCACCACGCUCUCUCCCUGGCUACUCCGGAGUCAGUCGCGAAAUCAUGAGACAAAGGCUCCACACCGGCCUUCGCUACCUCCUCGCUCUCUUUCCGGGAGCUCGAUCUAUGCUUCUCAACUUGAUUACAACCAAAUUCCCUUAUAGCGAGGAGUCGAAGAAGAUCCACGUGGCCUAUGUCGACAAUCUCCUUCGGCUGAGGGAGUACAGCCCCGAUCCACGCGACAUCAUGGAGCUAAUCACCAGUCGUGUUGUCAAGCUGGAUGUUGAGAUGCAACUGGACUUGGAGGAUAUGGAUGACGAGACAACGGCAGCCGUGAUGCUGCAGCUCAAGCCCUCCGACGUGAGCGGACAUUAUGAAGGCGACGAGACGAACGACAGCGAUGCUGAAUCCGUUUUGAGUGAUGUGUCCGACCUGGACGAGCAAUCGACCCGGAUUCUGGACAUCAAAAACCGCGUCGAAAAACUCGACUGCCUACUCGACACCAUGUUCGCCACCUACGAGCCAUACUUCUCUGACCCGGAUUCAGCCGAGGCCAUUUCCUGUUAUGAAGACAUGCUCUCCGACUUCUCGAAUAUCGUGCUGCCGACGUAUAAGAGCCGUCACUCGCAGUUUCUCGUAUUCUUCUUCGCGCAGAAGUCAAAGCGGUUGACAGAGAUGUUCGUCGGGACGCUCUUCAACAUCGCCUUCGAGUCCAACAGGCCAGGCAUCGUGAAGCAAUCAGCCGUUGCAUACCUCGCCAGCUUCGUUGCUCGGGGGGCACGCGUGGAUAACGAACAGGUCCAGACAAUUGCUCGCACACUUCUCAAUUACAUGGACUAUCACCGCGCGAACUACGAGCCAGAGUGCCGAGGCCCGGAUCUAAGGAGGUACUCGCAGUUUUAUGCCUUGAGCCAAGGUCUCCUCUAUCUGUUCUGCUUCCGAUGGAGAGACCUCGUCAACCUCGAGCUAAGCUCACCCAGGAUCGAUCGGGACGAUCCCGCUUCGUUCUUGGGCCAGGACCUGCAAUGGAUGGACGGCUUCAGAGCAGGGCUCCAGAACAACAUUUACAGUAAACUUAACCCCCUCAAGGUCUGCUCGCCGGUGAUCGUCUCGGAAUACGCGAAGCUUGCUCACCACCUCGGACUCAUGUAUGUCUAUCCGCGCCUCGAGCUGAACAAGUCCAUACACCUGUCGCAGUCUCUUACCGGCGCAUACUCGACCGGGGGUGCGCUCCGCGACACGGGCUACGAUCCCCAGGACGACAAAUGGACACACCUGGACCCCUACUGUCCGUUCGAUCCGUACCAGCUGCCCCUUAGCCGGCGCCGGCUUGACGAGGCCGAAACUUACAUCCCUUGGACGUCGAUACCGGGAUUAAACAGAGAUGACGAUGACGAGAGUGACGACGGCGGAAUGGACGAGGGAGAUGAGGAUGUUGGUAAUAUCCAGGAAGAUACGGCUACUGAUGAUGAGAACACGUACGAUUGA